AUGCCACCACCAAGCACCCCAAAGACGCGCAAGAAAAUUAGCGACACAGCGACCCAGGAGCCAGAGACCCCCAAGGGCCUGUCAAAACUGGUGAUUGAACUGUCCACCAAGAGCAAGCUCGAUGAAUUUCGCUGUUUCUUCGACCUGAAGCCAGGACCAUGGGACAAGCUCAGGGGGCAACUGAAUAACCACGUUCAGUCAAACUACUCUUGGACCAGCCUCAAGGACGACAAGACUCUGCGUCACUUCUGCGCCGAGGAGUUUCUCGAGGAAUAUGCAGUUACGUAUUGGGGUGACGGUAACCGAGAGAAGAACCUGAUUGAAGAUCGUCUCUACGGGGAGGACAGCGGUUGCAAAUAUCCUGACGACGAGACACCAAUGAUCGAUGUCCUCGUGAUGCUCCUCGAGAAAUCAUCCAAGUCGAGGCGCACUUCAACUAUGCAGGAUGUAUCUAACACUCGUCCCGAUGAGUCUAUUGCCACAGGUUCUGUCGCCGAUUCUGUCAUCGAAAACAAAGCCGUCGAGCAAACGCUUGAUGUCAACCAGCGUGAUUCUCCCCUUCCGACUCCGAUUCCGAGCAUCGAGAUCAUUACACGAGCUCCAAAUCUCCAAGAAGAAUCUGCAGGAGGUCUGUUCGGCCCUGGGCGUCUUAUUACCGGUGGCUAUCUCGCUUCUCCGCGCGCUGCCACCGAAGGUCUGGUUUCACGACAUCCUCCCACCACAGAUGUCGUUCAGCACCCGAAAGCGCACUCCGGGUCGAAUAUGCUGGCCACCUACUUUCUGGUGACCUCAUCAGAAAGUGACAACCCGCAGGAACCCGUAUGCGUCCCUUUCGAAUUCUUCCAUGACGCGGACGACUUCCUGAACAAAAUGGAGGAUAAAGCCGGCGCCACAGUCUCCAAGCAGCUCUACUCUGAGAUGGCCUGCCUGAACCGGUGUUACGCGGUGGUCCAUCUGAAUUGGAGCGGCGUCUCGUUCAUGAUUCGCCGAGGCAAGCCGGAUCUGCAAGCGCUGGAGAAUCGAGUGAUUUGUGCCUGGAACGCGAAAGACGAGGGUACACUGAACAUGAUCGAGUUUGAGAUCGGGGUGACUCUCAAGCCUAAUCUCUGA